AAAGCAAUGAUAGGGAUUUUAUAGGUGGGUUUUCACGUUUAUUUCCUACGCGGUGGAUUCGAUGCGAAGGACGCGAUCGGAAUUGAAAUGCGCGAUAAAACCACGAAAUAAUGGAUAUUGCGGACAAUAAGGAGAAGAUUUGCGUGCGAUGCGACCUCCCGAAGACCGGGCAGAAGAGUGAGAACAACAAUAUCGCGCCGGAGCAUCUGAAUGGCGAGGUAGCGGCCGACGUGGGUGCGCUGUCCGGAAACGGCGAGCGUCCGGAGGCGGCCCAGGCGGGGAAUCUGCUGUCAGAGGACGAGAUCUCGUCCAACUCAGAUGACUGCGUGUAUACAUAUCGCGGUGGGCACAUGGAAACGCCCAUGAGGGUGUCCCAGGAGGCGCUGGUGGACGACACGGAUUUCCUGGAGUUCCUCGAGAUGGACUUCGAUCCGGAGCCCAGCUCAGAGCAGGACAACUAUCCGGACACUAGCUAUUUCCCUGAGAUCGAUGGCUUCAUCGAGAAUCACCCGCUGAAUGGACUGCAUCAUCUGGAGCAGCCGGUGGAAUUUGAGAAGACUGCUGACAGCGCGGAUCCGGAGUCGUCAGAAUUAUCACAACGAAACACAGGCGCCAAGCCCAAACUCACUGUAGCCAAUCCCACGACCAGACAGAAGAAGUCGCCUCCUGUGGUGCUCAGCAGCCCGAAUCCGCCGCGUGUGGAGCCGCCCAGGCAAGUGCGGGAAGUGUGUCUGGAGUGCUCUGAGUUGGAGAUCCUCAGCGAGACGUCGCGAAACCCCAUGAAACAGGCGCGCCGAUGCCCCAAGCACACUCUGGAGCGCCCCAAGACGCCGCCGGACCUCUCCCCGUGGCAGUCACAGCUCACCAGUGUCCACCCAACGCCUCCGGAGGCGCGGCAGCUGCUCACACUGAACCUGGACUUGCCCUGCGGCACGGAGAAGGUGGUGAAGCUCUCGUCGGUGGGCUGCACGGAGGAGGACGUGGUGGAGUGUCUGCUGACGCUGGGCGUGAAGGUGAACCGAACGGUGCUGAGGAGCCACUUUGAGAGUCGCCCAGGCGAGGAGUCACUCAGGCAGAUGGAUCUCACCGACUUCCUGGUGCACGUCGCCAAGGAGAAUUGUGAUUAUCGCAAGCUGAUGGAUGCCAUUCGAGCUGCCUGCGAGAAAAGUGCCCAAGACCUGCAGUUUAGCUUUGAGCCUUCGAAGAAAGUUCCUGAGAUGAUCAAGGUGAACUUGACGGACAUCGCGAUUAGGUGGAAUCCCAGCAAGAGUCUCAGGGGUCUCGUCAAUCUUCCCAACAAGUAUUUUCACACCUUUAAUGUAGUCGGAAAAAUCGCCAAUGCUGUCCGCCAGCUCAACGCACCCGGAGAGAGUGACGAGUGUGACCACAUUCUGGUGCCCAACUUCUACCGCAGUGGAUUCAUCACGAUUUCCCGGCGCAAGUGAGAAACUGUGUCAUACUCUCGAAGCACUCUGAUGGCGAUUGAGGAAUACAUUGUACAUACAUACAUUAUUUUUGUAAAUAAUAGUGAUAUCUACCCUAUUUAAUUUAUUAAUGACGCAACAUAC